AUUUCUUGCCUUUUAUUCUGUUUUCUUACAUCAAAAUACUUAUUACUCUUCAAUGGAGAAACUAAUGUUAACUAGCAAAGUUCAAAUUUUUAUGCCACAAUUUGCCACACAAUCCAACAUUCUUUUCAACUCUUCCAAUUCUCUUCACUUUCCCCACAAUGGGAAUAUUCUUGGAAUCAAACAAGCAUCAAACAAUCCAAUGAAGGUAUGUGGAGUGAGGAGGAGGAGAAUUAAUACAGAGAGUGAUACAUAUGUGCUAAUGGAACCUGGCAAAAACGAAGAAUUCGUGACGGAGGAAGAAUUGAGUGAGAAGUUGAGAAAUUGGCUCGAGAAUUGGCCCGGUGAUGAUUUACCAACCGAUCUUGCGAGAUUCGAUUCGAUCGACGAUGCUGUUUUGUACCUAGUGAAGUCUGUCUGUGAAUUGGAAAUCGAUGGUGAUGUUGGCUCUAUUCAAUGGUACCAAGUUCGGUUGGACUAGUUUAAACGUUGAUUUAAUUUUUCCGGUUUGUCGAUGAUAUUAAAAAAUGUUGAUUUUGUUUG